AUGGUGCAGGCCCUGGACCCCAAGGAGGCAGACUUCGUGGCCUACGUGGUCCGAGCGAGCCUCCGCCGGCUCGGGCCCCGCUGGGCCCUCCUGGUCCUCUACGGGCGGGAUGCGGACCGCGACGCGCUGCACCUCAAGCUCGGCUCGCCCGACAGCGUGCACUGGCUGCCCAUCGUCCUGGACGGGGUGCGGAGGCACGAGGUCCUGUAUAACGAGAUGGCGUGGUUCAGGGUGAGCCUCGACUUCUGGGAGUCGGUGCCCGCGGAGUUUGAGCACCUGCUGUUCCUCGAGGGCGACAGCAUGGUCCUGAGAGGGCACGGCUGCGUGGAGAGCUUCCUCGACUUCGCGUACGUGGGCGCUCCCUGGAAGGACGGCUUGGGGCUGCCCGCGUUCGGCGGCAACGGGGGGCUGUCCCUGCGCCGGAGGAGCCUCUGCACCGCAGCGGUGGCGCACUGGCACGCGGCCAAGACGCAGGCAGAGCGCCGGCGUGAGUUCAAUAUUCUGGCGAUGGGGGAGGACGUGCUCACCUGCCGGCUGCUGCAAGACAUGGGCCAGGCCUUCCCCACCGGCCGCGAGUCCGCCGCAAACUUCUCUGUGGAGACCGUGUACCGCCCGGGGCCCUGCGGCUUCCACAAGCCGUGGGAGUGGCUCCCGCCGCACGCGGUUGCGGACCUGUUCGCCAGCGCCGAGAUGGGCUGA